UAUUGGUGAAAAUAAACGCUGCAUGAUUCCUCGCUUAACCAGCAGACUGUCGGUCGGGGUUUUUGCAGUGUAUUUGCAGGGUGUUUUGGAAUUAUAAAACGGGGACAUUUCUGAAGACAUCUCGAGUGGGGAACAGGACGUCCAAACCGGGAAUGUAACGGGAAAACUGGACGUCUGGUCACACUACGUAUUUCACGAAGCUUCCGUCUUCUAAAUCUGGUCUGGAAAAGACGUAUUUGACCUCUUUCUGGCAAAAUACAUUCACUCUGCAUAUUUUCCAGACCGAUUUCACUUUGAAACAUGAAAAUUUUACAUUCAGAUGAGUUAAAAAUAGCGGAGACUGCUUUAUAUGCACAUCUGCCUAAAUCCAUAAAGGUUUAUGGAUUCGUUUACGCUAUGAACAGAGGGAAACCACACACUUUAGAGGUAUUGGUGGAUACGUGGCCAGCUUUUACCACCAUCAUUGUUCGACCAGAUCCAAAUAAUAAUCGAGCAAAGGACUUUAUGAAGAAGGUGACUCUAUACAGCACCGAUGAAGAAGUCUUGAGAAGAAUGCUUGCUAUGGAAGAUGCAAUUGACUGGAGCACAUACUUCCUAAUAGGAGGAUGUGAUCUACGUCAUUUACCAAUUCUUAAGGAAACUGCUGCUUCUCGGGGUAUCAGUAUUAAAAGGUUAUCCUUGGUGCACCUUAUGACAUUAACUGAGCCCAAUCAUUUACCUGAGCUGAUUACCAGUGACCUAGAGCCUAGAUUGUCUGUCCUCAGUGAAUCACAUGCCAAUGUGGUUAAUAAGACUUGGAAAUUUGGUGGGGAUGACAAAGGUUACAGGAAUAUCCUGAAUCUCAUUAGACAUUUCCCCACAUGCUGCAUUACAGAUGAGAACAAUCAGCCUGUGUCCUGGGUGCUGUUAUAUGAUUAUUGUGCCAUGGGGAUGUUGUACACUCAGCCAGAGCAUCGUGGGAAGGGCUAUGCCAAAGCCCUGGUGACCACAAUGGCAAAGAGGCUCCAUUCUCAGGGCUAUCCUGUGUACUGUUUCAUUGAAGAAAGCAAUCCGCUUUCCUACAAACUUUUUAAAAGCAUGGGUUUUACAGAGGACCCCUCUUAUAGGGCUGUCUGGUAUGAAUUUAUGUGUUAGCUUGAAUACACUUGUAUUCACUCUCAAUAUACUCAUGUUUUAUAUAUAUAUAUAUAUAUAUGUAUACUUCUUUGACAUCAUCAUGAAAUCAAAUGACAAUUCAGAUUUUUUUUUCAACAAUGUAGAAUGUUUAAUGGAAGGAUUUUCUUUUUGUAAUUUAUGUUCCCUCGUAAUCUUUGAUCAAAAGCAUUAACGUUCUAUUCCUCUUCUCUGAUCGCGUGUGCACCAGCAUGAGGGCUUGACAAUUAGCCCUCAACUGAUUCCUCAUAGGAAAUAUUUUUUCUUGUUUGAUAAGAAGUUUCACUCUGGUAUAUAUCACAAUAGAGAAUAAAGAUGAUUGCAAUUAAUGUUUCACACCGA